UAUUAGGUGUACUUCGUACUCCUUGACACCAGAGGGCUCUAGGAAGCAAAUUCAAAACUUUACUCUGCAAAACGAGCUUCCUCCCAACGAUGUUGUAGGGAUAUCUAGCUUUCGAUUUUUUUUGUUUUUGUUUUCAAGAAAGUGAAUAUUGUUUUUUGAGCAUUGUUUAAAAUAUUUCAAAUGUACAUAACAGCGGCAAUGCCAUUUCGGGAGGUGAAUGUAAACAUCCCCUUCGGUGAUAAAUCUCUAGAUGGAAUUGUUUCAGUGCCAGAUGAUCAUAACUUGUGUGGAGUCAUUCUCACACAUGGAGCUGGAGGAGACAUGAACUUCCGUCAACUGGUUUCAAUAACAACUUUUCUUGCUUCAAACGGGAUUCUGUGUGUCAGAUUUACCUGUAAAGGGCUCAACCUUGGCUAUAGAGUCAAUGCUUAUAAAGCUGUUGUGGAAUACAUGAGGAAUUCAAAGGAGUAUAAAGUAAAUGACCUUUUCCUUGGAGGGCGUUCUAUGGGAGCACGUGCUGCUGCUGCUGUGGUGAAACAAUUAACGGAGAACAAUGAUGACGAUAUCCGGGGCCUGAUAUGCCUGUCAUAUCCACUGCACCCACCAAAGCAGCAAAAGAAGCUUCGGACAAGUGAUCUGCAACUUGUGCAAAACCCAGUACUUUUCCUGUCAGGAACUGCUGAUGAAAUGUGUGAAAAGAGCUUGCUGGAAGGAGAAGUAAGUAAAAUGGUGGCACCUACCAAAGUUUAUUGGAUAGAUGGGGCAAAUCAUGGCAUGGGAGUGAAAGGACGAACUGAGGAAGAAAUAAUGGAUGAAAUGAACUCGCAAGUUCUGUCUUGGAUUCAAGAAACCGUUUGAAGAUGUGUGAACUGUGAUUAUGAAAGAAAUGUCACUGAGACAGUUCACCAUGUCGCAGGGCUUGCUGGAGGGUUGUAUACGUCCAUAAAAUGCAUCUGAAACCUUGACUGAAAAUCAGGGCUUUUAAUUUGUAUGUAAAUAUAAGUGGUAUAAUAUGCAUAGACACCCAUAUUAAUGUUCAUGUUGCUUUACAUAGAUUUCAGUACGUAUAUGGGACUUAUGAUAAGACAUGGUUAAAAUGCCACUAUGCAGUACCAAGCUCUGUAUAGCCAUAUUUAAGACACACCAAUGACGAAAGAACCGACAGGAUGCAGUGGUGACAGGGUGGGUUGAAGAUCCACUGGUAGACCGAGGCAUGUAUUAUACCAUGGGUUUGCUGAUUUUACUCAAGUUCCACUCUAACAGGGCACGUAGCCAAAGCAGAAUCCGAAUCUCAAAAAAUUUAUAAAAGGUACAAAUUCAAUGGUUGAGUAUCAUUAAAUAUAUCCUUAUUUUUGCCUGUUAAGAAUAAACAUGCAUAACACUCUAAA